AUGAAUUCAAGCUUACUGAAUGCUCUCCUAAAGGUACUACCGAGAACCCAGGCUAAAAGAGAACUCCGAUGGAUUAAAAACGAACUUCCAGAGGAAAAAUGGGAACACGCAGUUGACCAAAGAUCACAUUUGGUUCCAUUGCAAUAUAUUUUAGGCAACACACCGUUUGGAAAACUGACUAUCAAAUGUGCAUCUGGGGUUCUUAUUCCCAGAUGGGAAACAGAGGAAUGGUGCAUGGAAAUGAAAAAAUCUAUAGGAGCUAGCUUGUCUGGUAAGAAUAUUCUCGACUAUUGCACUGGAACGGGAUGCAUAGCUUUAAGUAUUGCUACUGAUUCUCAAAUGAGACCUGCAAAUGUUAUCGGGACAGAUAUAAGCAAUGCAGCACUUUCUUUGGCCGAGGAAAAUAAAUCGGCGUGUCAGCCAGUACUUUCAAGACUAGGUUGCAAUAUUGCUUUCGAAAGAUGCGAUCUUCGGAAACUUGAAAUACCGAAAUCUGCGGAUGGAUUUGAUUUUUUGGUGUCCAACCCACCAUAUAUUCCUAAGGGUAAGAUGUCUGUUGAAUGUGGCGUUGAAUGUUCCGUCUUGAAAUAUGAACCACGGAUAGCUCUUGUUGGAAAUCUUGAGUUUUACCACUACUUAACUGCUUUGUUACCAAAGAUAGGUGCCCGAGGAUUUAUAUUUGAAGUUGGCUACAAACAGCAGGCUGAAGCAACAAGAAGAUACCUACCAAACACAUGGAAAUGUGGUAUAAGAUAUGAUAGUGCGGGAACCAUACGUAACGUGAUUGGCUGGUGCGAUCCCGAAUUUGAUGCCUUAAAUGGUAUGGUUCGGGAAAUUCUUUAA